CGCAUGUGUAGCUCGCCCGGAAGCUACCGCAGUGGCUGCCGGGAGAGGGCGGAAAGCCAGGAAGUAAACAUUGACGGAUUGACUUCUUUUUUGUCGGGUGGUGUUGGGGUCGGCUGUGGCCCGACUGGAGGGGUCCAGAUAACCAUGUCAGCUGCAGCUGUGGAUGCAGUUAAUGCGGCCCCCCUGUCGGGGUCCAAAGAAAUGAGUCUGGAGGAACCAAAGAAGAUGACCAGAGAGGACUGGAGAAAGAAGAAGGAGCUAGAAGAACAGCGAAAACUGGGUAAUGCUCCAGCAGAAGUUGAUGAAGAAGGAAAAGACAUCAACCCUCAUAUACCUCAGUAUAUUUCUUCAGUGCCAUGGUAUAUUGAUCCAUCAAAAAGACCUACUUUAAAGCACCAGAGACCACAACCAGAGAAACAAAAGCAGUACAGCUCAUCUGGAGAAUGGUACAAGAGGGGUGUAAAAGAGAAUUCCAUAACUACUAAGUACCGCAAGGGAGCAUGUGAAAAUUGUGGGGCCAUGACACACAAAAAGAAAGACUGCUUUGAGAGACCUAGGCGAGUUGGAGCAAAAUUUACAGGUACUAAUAUAGCUCCAGAUGAACAUGUCCAGCCUCAGCUGAUGUUUGACUAUGAUGGGAAGAGGGAUCGAUGGAAUGGCUACAAUCCAGAGGAACACAUGAAAAUUGUGGAAGAAUAUGCCAAAGUUGAUCUGGCAAAACGAACACUGAAAGCGCAGAAACUCCAAGAAGAAUUAGCCUCAGGAAAAUUAGUGGAACAGGCUAAUUCUCCAAAACACCAGUGGGGAGAAGAGGAACCAAACUCUCAGACGGAAAAAGAUCAUAAUAGUGAAGACGAGGAUGAAGAUAAAUAUGCAGAUGAUAUUGACAUGCCUGGACAGAACUUUGACUCUAAGAGACGAAUUACUGUCCGAAAUCUCAGGAUUCGAGAAGAUAUUGCAAAAUAUCUGCGGAAUUUAGAUCCAAAUUCUGCUUACUAUGAUCCCAAAACUAGAGCAAUGAGAGAGAAUCCCUAUGCCAACGCAGGAAAGAAUCCAGAUGAAGUGAGCUAUGCAGGGGAUAACUUCGUUAGAUACACAGGAGAUACCAUUUCCAUGGCUCAGACACAGUUGUUUGCUUGGGAAGCCUAUGACAAGGGAUCUGAAGUACAUCUGCAGGCUGAUCCUACAAAACUAGAGCUGUUAUACAAGUCCUUCAAAGUCAAAAAAGAAGACUUCAAAGAACAGCAGAAAGAGAGCAUCUUGGAAAAGUAUGGUGGCCAAGAACACUUGGAUGCCCCUCCAGCUGAAUUGCUUUUAGCUCAGACUGAAGAUUAUGUGGAGUAUUCAAGGCAUGGGACAGUCAUCAAAGGACAGGAGCGGGCUGUCGCCUGCUCUAAAUAUGAGGAGGAUGUGAAGAUCCACAAUCACACACAUAUCUGGGGAUCUUACUGGAAAGAAGGCCGAUGGGGAUACAAAUGCUGUCACUCUUUUUUCAAGUAUUCCUAUUGCACUGGAGAAGCUGGCAAGGAGAUUGCUAAUUCAGAGGAAUGUAUUAUAAAUGAUAUAACCGGAGAAGAAUCUGUGAAAAAACCUCAAACCCUCAUGGAGAUGCAUCAGGAAAAACUAAAAGAAGAUAAGAAGAAGAAAAAGAAGAAGAAAAAGAAGCAUCGAAAGAGCACUUCAGAUAGUGAUGAUGAAGAAAAGAAACACGAAAAAUUGAAAAAGGCACUGAAUGCAGAGGAGGCCCGCCUUCUUCAUGUCAAGGAGAUCAUGCAGAUUGAUGAGAGGAAGCGGCCUUACAAUAGCAUAUAUGAAACUCGGGAACCCACUGAAGAGGAAAUGGAGGCCUAUAGAAUGAAACGUCAGAGACCAGAUGACCCCAUGGCUUCCUUCCUUGGGCAGUAGUAACUAGUUAUAGACAGUCUUCCAAGGUAGACACAGCUGAUACAUUCUUUUCAGCUUCUCGCUGAUGAUUAUAGAUGGAAAAACCCAUGACUACUCUUCUUGCUGCCUACUUUAAUAAAGACUCCGGAAGUCUCAUAGCAAAUUCAUUUCUUUACACACUGAAGAAACAAAGAAGAAAAAGAGGAAGUACAUUAAGUGUAUAUUAAAAUUUUAUUUCCAGUUUUAUAUUAGGUGAUGUGGAAAGAGGCCUUGGCUCUCUACCUAGCAAGAACAUCUUCUCCUCAACAUUUAUAAGGUCUCAAACUUUAUUUCCUCAAUUCUUAUGGCCCUUUAUCUAGUGUUAGCACACAUUUUAAAGGCAUAUGAGUUACUCUUUCUCAAAAUCACAUUUCAUUUUUUCAAAUUACUAGUAACUAUAAUUGUAGUUAUUUGAGUAUCAUUUGUUUUUGCGUUCUAAGGUUUCCCUGGUCUAAAGCUAAAAAAAAUUAUUCUAUGUUGGGCGUUGAGUUACUGAAAGGAAAUUUGUAGAACAUAUGAAUGAUUUUAUCCCCCAUGUCAAUC